GAGGUCUUGUGUUGGUCUUGUACUGGUCUCGACUGGUCUUGUGAAGGUCUUAAGUGGUCUCGACUACAACACUGCAUGUAGAUCAGGUGCACGGCUAUCCACUCUGAAGGAACCUGCUGUACAACAAAGGAAAGAAAUUAACAGGUCAGUCUAAACUAUGAAAGAAUGUCUACGGUGUUUGUACAAGUUGGGCAGUGUGGCAACCAAGUUGGCAAAGAGUUUUACAGAACAGUCAGCAAACUUCAAGAGCAGAGACCAAUAUUUGCAGACGGGGAUGGGAAAUGGAGAUGUAUUCAUGUGGACAGUGAAGCAAAGGUUGUCAAGAGUCUUUAUUUUGCCAACAAAAAGUGCUUAAGAGAAUCGAAUAUUGUGAGUGGGAAGUAUGGAAGAGGAACUAAUUGGGCUAUAGGGUACCAUGAAGAUAGUAUCCUGUCACAUACACUUGAGGUGCUGCGUAGAGAAGUAGAGCGUUGUGACAGCUAUUGCGGUACUGUCAUGAUUCACAGUUUAGGUGGAGGUACUGGUUCGGGGCAAGGUUCUCGUCUUUGUGAGAACAUAAAAGAUGAGUAUCCAAUGGCCUACAUACUUUCUGCAGUUGUUGCUCCACAUAUUUCUGGGGAAAGCCCUCUUCAAAAUUACAAUACCAUUCUCUCAUUAGGAUGGCUUCAGAGGUUUUCUGAUGCUGUUGAUCUCUUCAAAAAUGAUGAAAUUCUCCAUCUAACAAUGGGAGCAAAUGCUGCAAACAAAACGAGAAAUUCCCAGCAGACAUCUUUAGCUGAUAUGAAUUGUUACAUCAGUGAUUGCAUAGCUGGAAUGUGUCUUCCACUUAAAACGAACUUGAAGAAGAAUGAAAAAAGUUACCUUUCAACUGAUAAUGGCAUUUGCACUGGUAAUGAGCUGUGGGAGAUGCUACGCUCUGUAUGUCCUAUGCCAGCCUAUAAAUUUCUGCAUACUGCAUGUGUUUGUAAGAGCAAGUCAUCAUGGGAAGCUACAGCAGAGAGUGUGGUCAACCAACUCACCAGAUAUAAUAAACAAGGAAAUGCAUCUGUAUCAUUAGCUAAUUUAGCUGUGGUUCGAGGUGAUACAAGUUCAUUUCCCUACUCCUUCAAAAGUGUUGAAGACAAACUGAAGGCAGGUUACAAUUGUGUCCGGUGGAAUCCAUUCCCUGUUGACUUAUGGACAGGGCAGGAAAAUAUGAUUGGCUGUACUGAGUGUUCUCUGACAGUAUGUGCAAAUACAAGCAGCUUUGUUGAGUAUGCACAGUGUAUACUGACUAAAGCCAAAGUGAUGUACCAUUCUAAAGCUUAUCUACACUGGUAUCAACAGUGGGGAUGUGAUGAGAGUAAUUUUGUGGAAUCAUUUGACAUCAUGGAGAAUGUUAUUGAAGCCUACACUUCAGCAGCAUCAAGGAGGUAGUUUAAAGAUCUCCUCUACAACACUUACUGUUGGAAUUUAAAGUCCAUCAUUACCUUGGAAAAAUAGCAGGUAUUUUGAUGUACAUGUAUCAUGAUUACAGUUAAUGAGUGAUGAUGAUAAUGAACAGUGCAAAACAAUUGUAAAGCAGUAUUUCCUUGAAGUGCCCAGGACCUACAACCCUGGACAAAUCUCAUUGGGCCUCCAACCUCCAGACCACCUAUCAAUGUUCUAUGAACAUAGAACAUAGGGUCUAUGUGCAAGGUCUGCGCUCUGGCGGGACAUAACAACAUUGAUUGGGGGAGCCUAGGGGAGGGGGAUGGAGAGGGUGCGGCUAUUGGCAAGUGUCCCAAGAAUUUCAUCCAGGAUUGUCUGAGUUUACACAUGCCUGUUUAUGUGUGAGUGGGGAGGGUCUGUUUACUUUGAGUGUGUGAACCAUUUCCGGCAGUGACCGAUACGAAUUAACACUAACUUCAUUAGAAUGCAUAAUGACAUCUUGAUGAAAAUGAAUUCUCAACACGUCAGGAGUCAGCGUGUAGCUAUGCAAAGUUUUUAUCUGAUGAAUUCAAUCUUAAUUGUGGGGACCCACAAGGAUCUUGCAUGGGUCCAUUACUCUUCACUCAUACUCGUCCAAACUGUUUGAUGUGGUUAAUUGUCACCUCCCUAAUGUUCACUGCUAUGCAGAUGAUACCCAAUUGUACAUGUAUUUAUCGUUUAAACCUUGCAAUUCUAUUGAUCAGGAUCAGGCUUUGACUUCUAUAGAGAAUUGUAUCCAUGAUGUAAGACCGUGGAUGUUGCAAGAUAGAUUGAUAAUAAAUAAAUUUAGACUGAGUUUAUUAAUAUUGGUACUCAGAAGAGUUAGCUAAACUCCAUACUCUUGACCUUUCAGUUAGAAAUGCUAAGAUAUUCACAUCAUCUUAUGUAUGUAAUUUGAGAUCAUGAUUUGAUUCUCAUUAUCCAUGGAUCAGCACAUUGCUAAAAUAUGUUCUCUGGCAUUUCAUCACAUUCAUAAUAUUAGGUGUGUAAGAAGAUACUUGACUAGGAGUAGCUUGGCUGUCUCAGUUCAUGCCUUUAUAAUCAGUCGUCUCGAUUAUGGCAACAGUUUGUUUCAUGGUCUCUACCAUUCACAAUUAGCCAAAAUACAAAGAGUGCAGAAUGCAGCAGCCAGGCUUGUACAUGGUGCAUCAUCACAAACUCAUAUUACCCCAAUACUUUUUCAACUGCACUGGUUGCCAGUGGGAUUUCAUGUUCAGUUUAAAUAUUGUUGUUGACAUUCAAGGCUCUUCAUGGUAUACCCGUACCAGUAGCCCCGAGAUAUCUCACUGACCUGACCUCAAAACCAAUUCUCGAUAUUCACUGUGGUCACACAGUAACCUCCAAGUAGAAUAUCCUCAAGGUAGGAUGUUGAAACACUAGGGAUGACCGGAUGAGGGCAUUUUCUUAUGCAGCACCAUAAUUAUGGAACAAAUUUCAAUCUUUUAACAUUUAUAAACUAAACUUAAGACGCAUCCUUUUAAGGCUGCUUUUUAAUGAAUUACCAGUAGCUUUGUAUAUUGUGAAGUUGUAAUGAGGUUAUUAUGUUGUUGCUUAGUAUUUUAUUGUCUGUUUGGCAUUUUUAACUUUUAUCUUUUGUAUUAAUGUUCUGGGAACUUGAACACAGUAUGUGGAAUCUGCACCUUAUAAAUUUAUCAUUAUUAUUAUUGUAAGCCUCAUGGCCCACAUGGGAGGGGGUCAACACACUUUGUAUCAGACAGAUGGAUAAAUCACACUUUAAAAUGCUGAACUGCCAAACUUUAAUUGAAACAAACUUGCACAGGGAAAAUCCCUAUCAAAAUCUAGAACAUCAACAAGGAUGGCAAAAACUUACACAUAGUCCUACGUAUUUAUUUUUGCCAAUAAUCUGACGUCAAGAAAAAAACAAUGCUUUAUCUUUCACAAAUCCAAUAAUACCGGUAUACAGGUAGCCUACAAAAAGCUUUAGGGUCCCUUAUAUUCAAGAAUAUGAGUUCUUGAUUUCACUUGUACAGUCAAGUCCCAAAUCUGUACUCAUGGCGAGACUACUAGUAGCUAGUUCAGUUGACUUCAUUUGAAGUUUUGAUGACAAUCACACAGGUUCAGUAGGCCCAGGACUAUACCAUAACUCCUGCUUGGAGACUUGAGGAAAGUCCAGUGACGGAGUUGCACAUCAUGCAAAUAGAACAAUUCCUGUCCUCAUGAAGGGGACACAUACAAGUUCACCCGAUUGCCAAUCACCAAUGACUUGAUCCACUCUGCAUACAGAGUAGAUCCAGCGGUCCAGCCAAACAGUUCUUGGUUUAUGCCCUACUGAUUGCUCUCCUGCAGAGUACAGUUCAUGUUAGCCAUGUUAACUCACAAAACAACAAGGUAAUUCUGAGAGUAAGAGAAGAGCAAAAUAUGCAAUUCAACAAAAGACUUGUGUCUUUGCAUAAAUAAUUUGGUGUAUCAAAGCAGACUUCAUAUUAAAUAAUCCACCAUUAAAUAAUCCAACAUGUUAAA